AGCCGUCAAGCAGCUUCAUUUUUCAUAUAUGAGUGCGUGCGUGCAGCAUGCACAUGCGCAUGUGUGCGCGCUAUCCCUGCAUGCGCUUGUCCCCACAUGCGAUCUCUGGGGGUGGUGCCGUAAUGCCCUCUGGUCAUGGUGAGGACUACUGGCUUCCCCCAACAUUAUGGCGUACGGAUUAUGGCUGUUGCCUGACGCCAGUGAGCAGUACAAGAAGAGGGGAAGGAGUGGCUCGAGAGGGUACUCAGGAUAUGGAGGAGGGGGAGGAGGAGGAGGAGGAGGAGGAGGAGGAGGAGGAGGGCCAGGAAGAGGAGGAGCUGGAUCUGGCCCACGGAUUGUCGGUGUGGAUAGAAUCCGCCAGAACGCAGCAACCGCAGCGGCCUGCGGGCGCAUGGGAGGUGGAUGAGGAAGGUAAAGGCACUCUGCUGAUUGCUGCCUGGCUUGUUCCUCGCUAAAAAUUGAAAUGGGGAUACUAGAGUUUACGAGGAGGCGACAAGCUUACGCGGAAUGAUGCAAGUGCCAGCUUAAAUUGAAAUGUGGUGUUGCAGUGGAGUGUCCCUGUUCUGUGCAAGAGAAGGGUGCCUGACAACUCCCAGCGCGGCAAGUAACGGAGACUGGAUAUAAGGUCGAUCGAAAAUUGAGGCGGUUUGCUGCAAAUGGAUAUAUUGAUAUUGUCGAACCGUCAAGGAAUGAACCUUGUUUUGCGGAGUUCAUUUGCAGGAAGGAGAGAGCAGAGGGGGUGACAGAGAAGCCUUCCUGUUGCUGUGUGGAAGAGGUGGGGGAUGCAUGCAGCAGGGGGGAGUUUCUUCAGCCAGCUGGUGCGCAUCGAAGUUAAAGGGUUCAACGUUAGUCUGUUGCUGGGGGUGGGGGUGGGGGGUGGGGGCUGGGUGGGUUUGAAGAGGGGAUGCAUGCGGCGAUGGGAAAUGUGCACAGGAAAGCACUCCACGAAGGAGCCGCCGGUUUUGGUAAUGUGCUUGUGUCCUAAUGACGCCGGCUCAGGAAAGCCUCGAGGGGUCGUGAGCAUUGGCUGAGCUCGACAUAGGCAAUUCAAUCGCGCUGUGAAAUGCGCGGAGGAGGUUGCGGCUCAAUUUGCACCGUGGGUUGAAUUUACUGAAAGUUGUUUUUUUUUCCCAAUAAGUGGGUGUGUUCGAUUAUGUCAAGAAUUCGACAGUGUUUGGGGUGAGAUGGUUUAUGAUUGCAGGAAGAAAAAUGUGGCUGUGGAGGGAGGGAGGGUGGGUGGUCCUUCAUGUUCUUUUCUGAGAGUGUUGGUUGUCUGUUGUUCUUUUCAACAUUUUGCACUCCAAGGGAGCAUAUGCGGAAGGACCGCACCCAAAAGUGU